AUGGACUCGGAUGAAGAUGAGUACGUCGCUAAGAAUCCUACACUGAAAAAUGCCGGGAAAAGUGGGAUGGCUAAGCGUACGAGGAAACACGGUGAUGAUGACGUUAUGAUGUUAUUGGAAGACUCAGAAGAAGAUCCAGGAGAGGCUGAUGAAGACGAAGGAGAAGGAGAAGAAGAUGAUGAUGAUGAUGGAGAAUACUAUGGUCGGAAAACCAAGAAGAAACCUGGUCGAGGCAACCAAAAGAAAAAAAAGACAAAAGUGCGGAUCGAUGAUAAUUUAAAGGGGAAAGAUGGUGGUUACGCUUGGGAAGAUAAGAUCAAAAGAUCAUGGGAUAUUGUUAAAGAAGAUAAGGAUGGGUCAUUGGAAGGACUUGUCAGUGGGCUCUUGGAGGCCAAUAAGAUGAAGAAAAUUUACAAGAACGUCACUCCUUUCCAACGAGGUAUUAUCCGAUCGUUGAUUUUGGUGAUUGAUUGCUCACGAGCCAUGAGUGAAAAAGAUUUAAGACCUAAUAGAUACAGUUUAACCAUUCAAUAUGCUUUGGAAUUCGUCACGGAAUUCUUUGACCAGAAUCCAAUUUCUCAAUUGGGAAUAUUGGGGAUGCAAAACGGGUUGCUGAUGGUGAUUAGUGACCUAUCGGGGAAUCCAAUUGACCACAUCAAUAAUUUGAAACAAUUAAAGAAAAAAGAUCCAGAAGGAGAUCCUUCGAUACAGAACGCUUUGGAAAUGUCUAGAGGGAUGCUACUACACACAUCGCCGCAUUCCACAAAAGAGGUAUUGAUCAUAUUUGGGACAUUAUUCACUAGUGAUCCAGGAGACAUUUUCAAAACCAUAGACCAUUUGGUCAAUGAGAAAAUCAGGGUGCGAAUCAUCGGAUUGAACGCCCAAGUGUCCAUUUGUUCCAAAAUUGUCAAGGAAACUAAUUAUGGAGAUGAGAAAUCCAAUUAUGGGGUGAUUUUGAACGAACAACAUUUCAAAGAGCUAUUAAACGAUUGCAUUACCCCGUUACCAGUGAUCAAGAAAUUGAGUUCGGAAGCCGAGGGUGUACAAACCACCCCACAACAGAAAACUUUCAGUUUAAUCAAGAUGGGGUUCCCCAAAAGAAUCACCGAAGUCGACCCAUCGUUUUGUUCGUGUCAUUCCAAUUUGAAUUACGGGGGUUAUAUUUGUCCAUUUUGUAAAGCGAAAAUAUGCUCACUACCAGCGGUAUGUCCCACUUGUAACUUGAUGCUCAUUAGUUCGUCGCAUUUGGCCAGAUCGUACCAUCAUUUGUUCCCGUUGAAGAACUUUGAGGAGGUGAAAUUCAACGAGGUGGAUAAGUCGAUUAACCUUGAAUCACAAGAACCUUUCAAAGCAAAUUUCCAAUAUCAUCAGUGUUACGGGUGUCUUAUGGAAUUUCCUGUCAAGUCAGGGUCGAUAGUCGAUCCAAAGUUGAUGAAGACUACGUCAAGAUAUCAGUGUCUUGAUUGUCAUAAACAGUUUUGUAUUGAUUGUAAUGUCUUCAUCCAUGAGCACUUGCAUAACUGUCCGGGGUGUGAAUCAAAUGUAUGA